AGACCGUCUUAUAAACUCCACUGAGCACCUAGCAUCAACCUCUAUUUCGUUUCCUAAGGCCUGAAACCUACCUCCUGCAAAGUAUCCCACCCCUCCCAUCUAACCCAUGGCAGAACCCGCACCUGAAGAUGAUUUUACAUCUCAAAUUUCUGGGACAUUGGACCUCGGAGAUUCAUGUGAUGCUGGUGCCUUUGGCGUGGUUUAUCGGCGUACCAUCCAGUCCAGCAAAGGCACAAUGGAGGUCGCAGUGAAGGUGUUCAAGAUCAAUCCUGGAAGAGAAACGGAGAGAAUAAACAAAGGAAUAUCUCGAGAACUCAAGGUGUGGCUUCGACUGAAACACCCGACUAUCGUCCCGCUACUUGGCACCGCAAACGUCGACUCUCCAUUUCCGGCUCUCGUUUCACAAUGGAUGAUAUCUGGGACAUUAUAUGUCUACCUCAAGGAAACUACAACCCUUACCGCUUCCGCUAAAGUUCAAUUGGCCAAUGGUGUCGCUGAAGGCCUGAAAUAUCGUUCGUUGAUUCCCAUCAUGUCGUUAUUUUUGUUCUUGAUGCCUAUGCAGUUCACUCGCAGAAUGUCGUUCAUGGAGACCUUCAUCCUGCAAAUGUGCUCAUAGAUGGUUCGGGGAGUCCACGUCUCACAGAUUUUGGUCUUGCGGCGGUCCCAGGGGACGCAGACUUGCAAUUGUCCACGAUGACUGUGACUAGCCAUUUGGAUUCUCGAUGGCGUGCGCCUGAAGUAAUUGGAAUCGAGUGCGACCCUGAACGACCAACUUUCGAGAGCGACAUCUAUUCAUUUGGUGG